AUGCCAACUUCUUUAAAUCUUAAUAUAAGUGAACAAAGUUCGAAAAGUGAAGAAAUUUUGCUACAAGACUUAUCAACUUAUAAGAAUAAGUGUAUAUUUUAUAAUAACUUUCCAUAUAUUAGAGCUAUGUAUAGAACAGGUAGCAGAGAUUUUUGGAAAACUUAUAAAGUAAUUAAACUUGGUUAUUAUCUACCCGUUUCAAAAUUUACUCGCAAAAUAAGUUAUCAGAUUCCCAACAACUAUGAGAUCAAAACUAAUUUAGCAGGACUAACUGUAAGAUGUAAAACCCAAUAUCAACAAGCUGGUAAUAUUAAUUAUACAAUUAGUUGGAUAAAUUCCUAUGGUAAUACAGUAUCAAGCGAUAGUACAAUUUCUGCAAGUAAUGUUGGAGUUAAAUUUUUAAUGGAUAUUUCAAGAAUGGAAGCACCUAAUCAUGGCAAGCAUCCUUAUAUAGAAUUAAAAUUUAAUUCACAAAAAAAAAAACGAAUUAAGCUAGCAGCAAAAGAUUUGAAUAUUCAAACAGCAGAACUUUUUUGUAAUCAUCAAUUUGUUAAUUUAUUAGGCAAUAAUAUAGUAAGGCUUGAAUCAGCAAAGCUUAAGAUUGCAAAUACGGAUAUAACUCUUGAUUAUCAGCUUAAAAAUGAAAAUUAA